AUGGAGCUGCGGUUUAAGCAAUCGCCUCUUGGGUUCGACUUCUUGUACGUGCGUCUGUGGGCUCUGCGCCUCGGGAACCUAAAGAACGUGCUCAUCGAACUCACCAAGCAGUCAAGCUGGUUCGAUAUCAACAGAAGCGUAAAAUACGAAGCAUCAUCCGACCGUCAAGAACUGAGCGACACACUACUCGACCGAAUAACACCUAACACCGACGACGAGCCAAAGAGUAACUAUGCCAAAUAUGUAAGUACCCUGUGA